UCUCUAUUAUAUAAAGCCAAACACUUAACACAUCUUCUUCACACCCAAAAAUCUUCUUCUCUUGUUUUCUCUCUCUCUCUACAUCUUCUUCUCUCAUAGACAAACACAUAGAAUGUGUAAAUCAAGUUCUGUCAGAGAUGAAGAACUUACAACACCUUUACUCCCAAAACUCUCUCAACAUGAGAAACUACAUUUACUUAAAAACUACUCAACUCCUCUCUCCCACUUCACAAACGAAGCAAUCUCAAUCUCCAAAAUCUCUCUCCCACUAGUCUUCACAGGUCUCCUCCUCUACUUCCGCUCCUUCGUCUCUCUCUUUUUCCUCGGCGGUCUCGGUCGCCCAACUCUCGCUGGAGGCUCCCUAGCACUCGCAUUCGCCAACAUAACCGGUUACUCUCUCUUCUCCGGUUUAACCAUGGGCGUUGAAUCAAUCUGCUCACAAGCCUUCGGCGCAAAACGCUAUAACCUAGUCCAAACCACAAUCCGGCGAGGCAUCGUCCUCCUCCUCUUCACAUCUCUCCCUGUCUCGCUUCUUUGGCUCAACAUCGACAAGAUUCUUGAAACGUUGAAACAGGACAAGGAUCUUGCCGCUGAGGCACACACUUUUCUUCUUUACUCUGUUCCUGACCUAAUCGCACAAUCUUUCUUACACCCUUUGAGAGUUUACCUCAGGACACAGUCAAAAACUCUCCCUUUAUCGGUCUGCACGGCGGUCGCGAGUGUUCUACACUUGCCCAUCACGUUUCUCUUUGUGUCGUAUCUCGGGUUUGGUAUUAAAGGUAUCGCUUUGAGUGGUGUCGUCUCAAAUUUCAACCUUGUCGUCUUUCUCUUCAUCUACAUCGCUUUCUUGGAAGACAAGGUAAGUAUCGGUGACGACGAAGGGGAGGUUGAAGAAGAUAGUGUGAGAGAAUGGCAGAAGCUGAUUGGUCUCGCUAUACCGAGCUGUGUCUCGGUUUGUCUCGAGUGGUGGUGCUAUGAGAUUAUGAUUUUGCUUUGUGGGUUUCUCAUAAACCCUAAAGCGACCGUUGCUUCAAUGGGGAUACUCAUUCAAAUCACUUCCCUUGUCUACAUUUUCCCUAGCUCUCUAAGCUUCGGAGUGUCGACACGUGUCGGAAACGAACUAGGUUCGAACCGACCAAAGAGAGCCAGAAGAGCAGCCAUUGUCGGGCUCGGUCUCAGCAUCGCCCUAGGGUUCACUGCCCUCACGUUCACCGUCUCGGUCAGAAACAUGUGGGCUAGGCUUUUCACGGAUGAUGAGGAGAUCAUUAAGUUGACUUUGAUGGCUCUGCCGAUCGUUGGACUUUGCGAGCUUGGGAACUGCCCUCAGACGACGGGCUGCGGCGUUCUUAGAGGGUCGGCAAGGCCGAGGAUCGGAGCUAAUGUUAAUAUGGCGUCGUUUUAUGUGGUUGGGAUGCCGGUGGGGAUGGUUUUGGCGUUUUGGUUUGGGUUUGGAUUCAAGGGACUUUGGUUAGGGAUGCUUGCGGCGCAGAUGUCGUGUGUGGGUGGUAUGAUGGUGGCGACGUGUAGGACUAAUUGGGAAGUGGAGGCGGUAAGGGCUAGGGAGCUCACGGCGGUGGAUGGAGGAUGCAGCGGAGAUGGUGUAGAUGUGGAGGUUGGGAAGGUUUGAUAAUUAGGGAUGAUGAUGAGCCUUUUACUCUUUAGGAGUGAUAUAGAAGAUUAAUGCUCUGUUUCAUGACUUUCUUUCGGAUUAAAUUGAUAACUUUGUUCUUUAAUUGGAUGGAAAGCAUUAAAUGAUUAUUAAUGUAAGUUUUGUAGGAUAAUGAAAUCAUCCAAGAGAUUGAUCGUUACAAAAUUUGGUGUAUGCAUGGUUUUAAAAGUUUUUUUAAGGUUAUGUCCUCAAAUUUUGACCAAACUUCCCUCCGUUUCAUUUUAAUUGUCAUUAUAGGUUUUUACACACAGAUUAGAAAAC